ACCAGCACGCAGACGUCGGCCCUGUCCUCGACGCAGCAGUCGCCAACCAGCAAGAUUGUCCCGCCAGCGCCGAAACCCGUCAAGGCGCCCUCAACCGAGGCUUUUCUGAAGGACUUCACCCUGGUGGCCGAGGCGGCCAAGCGGGCGCAGAUGGCUGUGCUUAUGCGGGAUCUUGACGGCGUCAAGCUG